AUGUCGCCUCUUCUGCGUGACGACGAUGACCUAUUGAUAUUGUCAUCUGAUACCAAAAUGGUGGAGAGCGCCAAUGCAAGCACGGUUAUGUUCAAGACCAAACCUGCUAAACCAACCAAUGUUACUGCCAUGCUCAAAGCUCCUCCAGUCAAGCAGCUGAAGAAGAAGCAUCUUCCCAAGGGUUGCCAGAUGGAAAACAAGUGGGCAAGAGAGUUUAUCCCUACUGCCAUUUGCUACAUUGGUGAUCUGGAUGAGAGAGUCUGGGAUGUGGUCUAUAAGGGCAAGAUUUUGCACACAGUUGUAGCCAAUGGACCUGUUGUUGCCCUGUGGUUGUCAGAGUGGCGCAACACCAUUAGUAAUGUUGCCCUUGUUGUACUCGUAAACUUCAUGACUUCUCAGGAUGAUAUUUACACAGACUGGUGUCUUGUUACUUAA